AUGCAGAGUGACGUCCUUCUGUUCGUCAACAGGUUAGACUCUGUAGAAAAUGUCAUCCCUUAUGAAUAUGACAGGUAUGACUUCUGCCAGACCAAGCAGGAGUAUUCCCCGUCUGAGAACCUGGGACAGGUAGUCUUUGGUGAGCGCAUCCACUCGUCACCGUACAACUUCACCUUCGGUCAUAACAACCCGUGCCAGAAGGUCUGUACGAAGAGCUACAAGGCUGAUGGCGACGAGAAGGCAAAGACGGAGACGAAGAAGACGCUGAAUUUCUUGCUCCGAGGCAUCGAGCUGAAUUACCAGCACCAUUGGAUCAUUGACAAUAUGCCAGUCACAUGGUGUUAUGAGGUACAGGGUGGCUCAAAAUAUUGUUCUCCUGGUUUCCCUAUUGGAUGUUACGUGGAUAAAGAUGGCAACCGGAAGGAUGCAUGUGUCAUUGAUGCCCACUACGAGCAAGCUUCGCACCACUACAUCUUCAACCAUAUCAACAUCACCAUCGCCUACCAUCCUACCACUGAUCAAGAAGGCAUUAAUCGUCUCGUUUCUGCUAAGCUUGAACCGCUCAGUAUGAAGCACAAGAAACCAGACGAGUGCAUCUUCCCCACCAGUAUUGAAUACGAGCCCAUGUCGCUCCAGAAAGCUGAAUUAGCCAAAGACUGGGAGAUCACUUAUUCCUACUCAGUAAACUUUGUGCCAAACACCCAUGUUCGUUGGGCAUCCCGUUGGGAUUACAUCCUUGAAUCCAUGCCACACACUAACAUCCAGUGGUUCAGUAUCAUGAACUCUCUUGUGAUUGUCCUGUUCCUGUCCGGUAUGGUUGCCAUGAUCAUGCUGAGGACACUCACCAAAGGCAUUACCAAUGUUUCACUUCUCAAAACCUUCCCAUUUCUUCUACCUCACAGUAUCAUGAACUCUCUUGUGAUUGUUCUGUUCCUGUCCGGUAUGGUUGCCAUGAUCAUGCUGAGGACACUCACGAAAGGCAUUACCAAUGUGUCCCUUCUCAAAACCUUCCCAUUUCUUCUACCUUACAGUAUCAUGAACUCUCUUGUGAUUGUCCUGUUCCUGUCCGGUAUGGUUGCCAUGAUCAUGCUGAGGACACUGCAUAAAGACAUCUCUCGAUACAACCAGCAGGACUUGGAGGAAGCUCAGGAAGAGUUUGGUUGGAAGCUUGUCCACGGUGAUGUCUUCAGGCCACCAAGAAGCGGAAUGCUUCUGUCCAUAUUCUUGGGAACCGGGACCCAGAUCGUCAUCAUGACCUUCAUUACACUUGGUUUCGCUUGUCUUGGUUUCUUAUCACCUGCCAACCGUGGUUCCCUGAUGACCUGUGUCAUGGUUCUCUAUGUCCUGUUGGGAUUUGCUGCUGGAUACGUCUCCUCAAGAAUAUACAAAACAUUCGGCGGUGAGCGCUGGAAGUCUAACGUCCUCUCCACCAGCUUCUUGAUCCCCGGAAUCAUCUUCUGCAUCUUCUUCAUCCUGAAUCUCCUCCUGUGGUAUGAGCACAGCUCUGCAGCCAUCCCUUUCAGCACCCUGGUAGCCGUCCUGGCCCUCUGGUUCUUUGUCUCAACCCCCUUGGUCUUCAUCGGUUCUUACUUUGGCUUCAAGAAGAGGCCUAUUGAGUUCCCUGUACGCACCAAUCAGAUCCCUCGUCAGAUCCCAGAUCAGUCUUUCUACACACGCCCCUUCCCCGGUAUCAUCAUGGGCGGUAUCCUCCCCUUCGGAUGCAUCUUCAUCCAGCUCUUCUUCAUCCUCAACAGUAUCUGGUCUCACCAGUUCUAUUACAUGUUUGGUUUCCUGUUUUUGGUGGCUAUCAUCUUGGUCAUCACUUGCUCUGAAGCAACUAUUCUCCUCUGCUAUUUCCAUUUAUGUGCCGAGGACUAUCACUGGUGGUGGCGCUCUUUCAUGACGAGUGGUUUCACCGCCAUCUACUUCGCCAUCUACUGCAUUCACUACUUUGCCUCAAAACUGACCCUUCACGGCUGGGCGAGCACAGUCCUCUACUUCGGCUACACCGCUAUCAUGGUCAUUCUUUUCUUCCUCUUCUGUGGUACCAUGGGAUUCUUUGCUUGCUUCUGGUUUGUGACCAAGAUUUAUGGCUCAGUCAAGGUUGAUUGACUAAGUAGCAAAGUAGGCCUUUCAAAUAAGAAGGGACUUCCCCUUAAUGAGGGAUUUUCCCCUGUAAAGGGAACUUCCCCUAUUAUCACAGUCAUAGAAGAAAAGGUAUAAUGCUUGUGAAGAUAUAUAUAUAUAUAUAUCCAGGAUUUGAAUAGUUUCAUAUUUGUUUCAUACAUUAUUUGAAAUAUCUCUUUAAACUAGGACGUUUUUAUUAGGUUUUGAUGAUUAUUCUUUUUAUAUCGAAGACAAAGUCUGUAGUAAAGCAAGACCAACCGAUCACAUGAUUAUAGCAAAAUUCUUUGGCAUUUCUUACAAACACACUUAAGGAAUUUCUUUAAGCUUUAGGAAAAAGUGUAGAUGGUUUAUUUUAAUAAAUAGCUUUUAUAAAUAAGGGAACGCCCACUUAUAGCAUAUUUUGGUCGAUAUUACGCCCUAUUAUUUGUAAUCAGUCAAAGGGAACUUGCCCCCCCCCCCCCACCAAGGUACAAAACUCUUUAUCUUGUCAAAGUGAUGUAAAUAUUAUGAAGGUUCUUGAUCAAACUUUUACUAUUUUUGCAAUUGUUGCAAUGAUUUAAUUUGCUUAUUUAAUGAAAGAAAAAUUCAUUAAAGCUGCAAAUGUGUGUAUGCUUAUUUAUGUGUAUCUUCUCUGUUUUCCCAUAGUAACAUUUAUUUAAUGUUCUGCAUGUAAUGUGUAUAUCAGUGUGUAAGAUUUCAUACAGUGUUUUUCACAAAUAGCGCAUACCACCCAAUCUGAAGCAUGCAUUCAUAUGAUGAUCACAAAAAUAAAAAAAUUCGCCGAACUGAAAAAUGUUGAAAAAUUUACACUUUGUCUGGCCAUGUCAUGGUACGACAUGGCUUUGCUGAACUUGUGUACAGAGAAAGAUGGUGUAUUGACUGAUUCACUGCAAACAAUAAGGAGAAAUGUUUAUAUUAUUUAUAUCGAUUAUAUUGAGCUAUUUAGACACUGAAUUAUAUGUACAUAUAUCACGUUCAUGUUGUAACAUGUGGAUGUUUAAGAUUUCUGACCAGAAAAGAAUGCUUGUUAUUGUAUUUGGUUCUAAUGCUAACGCUCUUUCAGAAUGAAUCUUUUAUGUUAUUCUAUGGUUGUAUGUUUGCUUUUGUGACAAUCGCAAUGAGUUUGUAGGUUGCUCUUGCAUGAGGAAAUAAGUCAGAGAUGAUUCUUGGUAUUUGAAGGUAACUAAAGGUCAUGAGACUGCAACCCAAUUUGGAAUAAAACAUAACAGUUGGUGCGACUAUUAAGGCAUGGAACAUGAACAUUAAUAUCAAGUUCUGUGAUUUUGGUACCCUUGUUAGAAUGAAAGCAAAUUCAAUAUCUGAUAAUGACAUUGUAUCAUGGUCUGCUAUGAUUUGAAACCAAUGUGGCCUUUCCAAAAUUAAGGCUUGCAAUCAUAAAAAAUAUUGGCAUUAGUUUUCUUGCCUUUCCUUGAAACCUCAAAUAAAACAAUUCUAUUAAUUCAUGUUUUAGAAAAUAAGCAAAAUGUGAUUUGCUUCAAAAUCAGAUUGUAGACCCGUAACAAAAUUUUUGUACACCCUGUAGCCUUCGUAUAUCAUUGAUUUGGUACACAAAAAUGCUGCUUCAUUAAUAGUAGUCGCUUUAUGCGUGAAAUAUCCUAAGUUGCUUUUGUGAUUGUCACCAAAGUGAAUUGUCAGAUAGCAAGUUUGUCAAAUCCUUUAAAUGUUGUUCCCUUCUCAAUUAUAAUCUUCUCUUCUAUUUGCACCCAAAAUUGUGAAAUCAAAUUCUUUUCCACAAUUUGGAAUAUUUUGAAUAUUUAUGAAUAUUGUCAUUUUUUACACAUAUUUCAAUUGCAUUCACAAUUAAGUUUUAAAUCUUUGUGUUGCAAGGUCCAUUAUACCACUUUAUGUUUUUUUUUUAAUGUUUGAUUAGGAUAAUUUGAAGAAAAAGGUUCCAACCCACCCAAAUAAAUCAGAUUACAGUUUAUAUACUGUAUGCAUGAAAACUAUUAUUUAUAGCAAGGAGAAAGUAGUAAUUUAAAGGUCAAGUCCACUCCAACAAAAUGUUGAUUUGAAUCAAUAGAGAAAAAUCAGACAAGCACAAUGCUGAAAAUUUCAUCAAAAUCGGAUGUAAAAUAAGAAAGUUCUGACAUUUCAAAGUUUCGCUUAUUUUUAACAAAAUAGUUAUAUGAACGAGCCAGUUACAUCCAAAUUAGAGAGUCGAUGAUGUCACUCACUCACUAUUUCUUUUGUUUUUUAUUGUUUGAAUUAUACAAUAUUUCAAUUUUUACGAAUUUGACGAUUAGGAACUCCUUGCCUGAACCACAAAAUGUUAAAAUAAUGGAAUUCCACGUAUUCAGGGAGGAAUGAAACUUCAUUUCACAUGACAAUGACGAGAAAAUCAAAAUAUUUCAUAAUUCAUAUAAUAAAAUCAGUUCCCUCAUUUGCAUACCGACCGGGAUGUGCAUAUAACUCUUUUGUGAAAUGAAGCGAAACUUUAAAAUGUCAUAACUUUCUUAUUUUACAUCCGAUUUUGAUGAAAUUUUCAGUGUUAUGCUUGUUGAAUUUUUCUCUUUUUAUUCAAAUCAAGUUUUUGUUCGGGUGGACUUGUCCUUUAAAGCCAUAAUAUGUAACACAUGGUGAUGUAAAUUUUGACAAGCUGUAAAAAAACAGUGCCCUCUUUUGAGGGUUUGCAUCCUGCAAUUAAAGAAUAACUAUCAUUCCAAGAUGAUAACUUGAUGAUAUAUUUUCUUAAUACCUUGUACAGUCUAAAACUUGUAGAUAUGCUUUAUGAUACAUCUAAUUCAGAUAAAAAGAUUCUGUUUGGGGGUUAUUAUGAAAUUCAGUUUUGAAUUUGAACUUUGUUCUGCUUUUUGUAUUUUUGUUUUAAUAGCAGCUACUGGCACAGGAAAUGCUUGUAGUCAUUGUUAGAGUAAAAGCGAUUAUUGCUCUUAACUUUAAUGUUAAAAUUCCAUGGCAACAGGCAGUUAAAUUAGCAGGUUAUGUGUGAGUGUCAUUAGAAUUCAUAAAAUUUUAUUUGCGAUUAUAACUUUGUAUGCCUUUUUCGGAAGUUGUGAAUUAUUUCCCCAAGGUUCUGGUUGUUAUAGCCAUGUGUAUCAUAUUAUCUGUAUAUUUUGGAAGAAAAGCAGAACUGAGAUAGAUUUAGAAAGUUAGGCCCUGUUUCACGAAACACAAGAAUCGUAUUUCUGCUCAUUUCUUAUCAUUAACAAAACAAUGGGAAAGGCAAGCAAAGCAAUUGUGAAAGCCACUAAGCAGCUUGGGAUGCCAGCUAAAACACGUGAAAAGAAUUGCCACCGACUUUUCUGAUGGUGUCUUAUUGUUUUAUGAAAUAGGGACCCGUACCAUUGAUAUUGCUUAGAGCGUGUCAUGAGAUACAGCUGGUACAAGUCUCAGAAUGUAUUAUGUCAAGAUUGUUAUGAAAGUGCCAUGUUUCUGUUCGGUGGAGGUUUGUUCUCUGUUGCAAGUAUGAUCAUGCUAAAGAUAAACUUCAUGAUGUAACUAUUUCUAUGAUAUGAAAGUAGAAAUUGGUUGUUAAUGCCUAUAGUCUGUGUUGUAUUCUAAGUUAUUUUUUAGUUUUGGUGGUUUUUCUGGCUUUACCUUGAAUUAUCUGUGAGAAUGCAUGGAAUUUACGAUAUCAAUUUUAUAAAAGUUAUCUGAUUUUUAGCCAUUUCAGUUUUUAUUGAAUUCAUGGCAAAUUGAGAACUUUGCCCCUGUUCAAUUUGAUCUCGAAAGCAGAAGAGAAUUAUGUUUGAAUCGUUUCAAGAAGGAUUUGCAUACCGAAAGCCUUUUAACAAGGCUACACAGACAGAAUUAUUACUGUCACCAUCACAAUAAUAAACAACACCAGGCGAUGACUUCAUACUUACGAGCUGUUUCUGGAGCAUUUUGUAUCUCAUCGGUGGGGCAACUUCAUGAAUAUUCAUCACUAUGUUUGAAAUUAUGAUUGACCAAUCAAAAUGAUGGGCUCUCUAGCUCUGCAUUGUCCAUGGUUAUGCACGAUGUCAAGCUGUCAUGAAAGACGGCUCCCGAUUGGCUUCUACCUUAUUGGUAGAGGAUGAGAAAUGAGAUGCAAAGGGCCACUUUACUGCACUCGACGAGUGUAAACUUCCCCUUUCAUAUCUUGUAUAUUAUACAGCGUGAGGCCUUCACACAAGAGGUUAACAUACUGGGGGUCUAACAUGCAUAUCAAGAAUUUUAGUGUUUUCGUUUGGUUUUACUUUUUAUUAUGUUCAGUUUUUUUUAAUCACCAAUAUUUCAUAUUGCCAUGAUUUGCUUUAGUUUAGUGGCUGAAAACACAUUUACUUCACUUUUGUUGUUUUAUGAGAGAUUUUUUUUCAAAUGUUCUAAUAAUUUUUUCAGUUCACCCAAGUUUCAGUAAAAAAAUAAAAAUAACAAACUAGCAUGCAGGCUGUGUUCAUUGCAUGGAUAAAAGUGACAGAUUGUCUUUUUAUUAGUUUGACUAUUUGGGCAAGAAUUUCAAGGCCCAUAAUGAGAACUAAUACGGAACUGACGGAGUCUUUCUGAGGAAUGAAGUGCGGUUUUUAAACAUUAGCUUGGAAGAUGUGAAAUUAUCAGCUGAUGAUAAGCAGUGUUUAAAAUGUAUCGUUUGUUGUGAACGUAAAUUGAUAAGAUGAGAAAUGGUAUGAGUGCCCAGUGUAUAAAAACAUAGUUAUGUUCUGUGUAGACUGUUCAUAUUAUUGAACAGGGAAAAUGGAAAUAUAAAAAGAUUUGUUUGCUUCGAACAUGAAAAGGUGUUUGUAAACAUUUUGUGAUCUAGUUAGAGACAUCCAUACAAAUGAAUAUUAAACGAUGUUUUGUAUGACUUGAAGUUUAGUGUUGACUGCUGGAGUUUAGGGUAGACCCAUUUUACACCAGUCAUAACACUGAAUGUGAAAUGACAAGGGUGCUGGGACAGGCAUCAUAUGGUGUUCAUCAUUCGAUGUGAUUGGUGUUACUUUUGUACACUUAAAUUCAGUGUUGGAGCUAGGUUAGGUAGCCUGAUUCACGCUCUUAACACCAAAACCAACACAUACACCAAACCUUUAAUCAUCCAUUGAAUUACCCCUAGCUUUAUGUCGUCACACAUGAUAACAAAAUCAGUUUGUUAUUCUUUUUGGCAAUAAAUUUGCUUAAAAAUGUAUAUUUACUGUUCGGUCGUCACAUGUGCAUAGCAUUGUGGACUUGGACAUUUCUGUUAUUUUUAUGGCGAAGAAGGUUGUAGUGGCAUUCUUUUAUGUACAAAGUAGAGAUGGGAAGAAUUGAAUUCAUGAUUUUGUAAUUUCUCUUGUAAAGUAUUUACCUAUCAAUUAAAUUCUAUCAACUGUAUCUGUAA